UCGGUCAGGAGGCGAGUCGGCCAGGGGGCGAGCUUGUAAGGGGCGAGUCGGUCAGGGGGCGAGUUGACCUGACACCGUGCAUGAAAUGGCAGCCAACAUGUCUCAGACCCAGUCUUCAGUCAGUUCUUCGCAUCCAAGUCUUGAAGAAGCAACAAGAGUUUACAGAGAUGUUGCAGCAGUACCUACUCCCGCAAAGGCUACUCUGCUCCAGACAAAAGAGGGCGCACUCUCUGUUAUAACUGACUGGAGCCAACGAGAUUUGGAGAGAUCGGAGAAAGUGAGAUUUCAGUCGGUCCACUUGGUUCUCCCAGGAGAGGGAAAUAAGUUAGGAAGAGUUAUCAACGCGGGACACUCUGCAGAGGUUAAGGCAGAAUUACUGAGCAGUGUGAGUCCUUCUGGAGCUAAGCGGGCAGUCAUUAGGGAAGUCAAGAACAAGAAGGGAGACGAGAAGCAAUAUGUAGAGGUAUGGGAUGCAAACCAUAAACUUCACAACAUAGAUUUAUCAGCACAGGAAAAGCACGGGAAAGUAUAUGAAGAUGAGUUGUUUGGCAGUUUGGCCUGGGAUUCAUCAGAGACACGUCUGGUGUACAUAGCAGAGAAGAAAAAGCCUAAGACCAUCUCAUACUUUGACCCCAAAUCCCAGACAAAUGUACAGACUGAGGAGGAGGCUUCAGGAAAAGACAAGCCAGUCAAGGGAGAUGAGAAUGUCCUUUAUGAGGAAUGGGGUGAAACACUGGUAUCCAAACAUCAUCCUGUGGUCUGUGUACUAGACACCGAGAACCAGACUAUCAGCAUACUGGACUCUGUACCAGAUGAAGUAUCUGCAGGACAUGCAAUAUGGGCUCCCAAUGACUCUGGCAUUGUAUUUGUUGGUUGGUUUCAUGAACCAUACAGACUUGGUGUGAGAUACUGCUAUAAUAGAAGGAGUGCCUUGUACUUUGCCCAGUUUGAAGGCAACAGUUGUGAAGCCCUUAGUAGAACAGACUUGGCUUUGUGGUGUCCACGUUUUAGUCUGGACAAAACUAAGUUGGCGUACUUAUGCAAUGAAGUCGGGGGACCGCACCGGCAUUGCGGCCAAGUCGUUGUGUAUGAUUGGGCUUCCAAGAAGACCACAAUUGUUGUAGACACUGUGCAGAAACCUACAGCUGGCUCCCCCUUCCCUGGUAUCUACAUCUUUGGUGUUAAUCCAGUGGAUAAAUGCUGGAUGAGUGAUAACAAGCGUCUUGUGAUGGCCUCUUUUUGGGGAAGUAAAGAGGAACUUCUUGUCAUAAACACAGAGAAGUGUUCAGUGACCAGAUUGACCUCUGACCCCAUCUUUGGGGCAUGGACUGUGCUUGAUAUUAUGGAUGAUAUCAUACUAGCCACACGCUGUGCUCCAAACAGACGGCCAGAGUUGGUGUUAGGUGAGCUACCAUGUGAGGGGCAUGAGUCUGGCAUUGCCUGGAUCUCACUAGAUGCUAGUGCUGCCAACCCUGACGACCUACAUGUAUCCUGGGAAAUCCUUCAACUCAAGGCCAAGACGCAACCAAAUCCUUCACAUGGUGUUGUUGACUAUGAGGCCAUUCUUCUGACGCCAAGCCAGACAUCUAAUGGAGGCUCACCACCACCACUUAUUGUUCUACCGCAUGGUGGUCCACACAGUGUACUAUCGGCUGAGUAUCUGCUGUCAGUGUCGGCGUUCUGUAAGCUGGGAUUCGCUAUUCUAUUGGUGAAUUACCGAGGCUCUUUAGGGUUUGGUCAAGCCAGUAUCCUAUCACUACCAGGUAACGUGGGACGACAGGAUGUGGAUGAUGUGCAGGAUGCCGUGCUGGCAGCAGUGCAAACUGGGAAGGUUGAUCAAGAUAGAGUUGUUCUUUGGGGAGGAUCACAUGGGGGAUUUCUAGUCACACAUCUGAUUGGUCAGUAUCCGGACUUCUACAAAGCUUGUGUUGCGAGAAACCCAGUUGUAAACAUUGCAUCAAUGCUAGGAAGCACAGACAUUCCCGAUUGGAACUACUGUGAAGCUGGUGUGGGACCUUUUGAAUUUGACAAGUUGCCAUCUCCUGAAAUUUACCAAGCUAUGCUGAGUAAAUCACCCAUCAUUCAUGCCAACAAGGUAAAGACACCUACCAUGAUUGUGAUCGGUGAUGUGGAUCUACGAGUUCCUCCCAAACAGGGGCAGGAAUACUACAGGGCUCUCAAGGCACAUGGUGUCACCACAAAAAUGUUGGUGUAUGCAGGCAACUGCCAUGGUCUGGCCAGAGUUGACGCAGAGUCUGAUUGCUUCAUGAAUAUGUAUAAGUGGUUCACCUCAUUUAUAUAAAAAUGUUGCACCUUUCCUGAACAGCAUUAGAAAUUAACUGUCAUACUGAUAAUUGAGUUUUUUUGUAUCAAAAGUCAAGCUGGCUUAACGUGCGGACAUUACGAAUAAUGAUGACAAGUAAAGUGUUGAUACUAACUAUGCAAUAUGUAUCGGUAGUUUGUGUGGGAAUUGAUCUUGUAUUUUUUUUCCCUCACACCACAUCUGAACUUGUUAGGCCAAAAAAAAAAAAUAUUCGGU